UAAAGUUGAACCACCGAGGAGAGUGACUCAGGUCUACCAGUGUCAAUCCCGGCCGCCACACCAUUCUUCCCCUUGCUCACACGACGGGACUGCCGCCACCAUCGCCCUUCUCUUUUCUUCACCAAGCUCCAUCGCCCCGAGCAUCUCCAAUGCCGUUUCUCUCUCCUCCACCAAGUCCGCUCCAGACUGGGCAUCCCCACCGCCUCACGGCGCCCACUCCACGCUGCCAUCUCCGCGCCGAGAUUGGACGCCGCCUCCCGGAAAAUCAAGUCCGGCGGCGUCCAUGUCGACACCACGACGGCGAAUGCCGGGGUGGCCUCCCAUCCUCUCUUUCUCCGCCUCUCACUGCAGCGGAGGAAGCCAUGGGCCCAGAUCCAGGCCCAACACGAUAUUGGUCCAGGCCAAACCCGAUAUGGCCCAGGCCCAAGUCAGAUUACCGGCCUGCCCACUUCAACCCCACCAUCCUUUCGAAGAGGCAAGGUUGCGCGGGCGCUAUAUAGCACCGCCUCUUCUUCUCCGUAUCCGUCGUCUUCUCCGGUGUGCUGAAAGAAACCUUCCGGCGUCCUAAAACCAGGAAACAGGAAAUGGAUCGUGAAGAAUGUCGGCAGGCGCUACUGACUCGAGUUCUGGGACUUCAGAUGCUUAACCGAUGGGGUGCAGAAGAAAUUGUUCACCGCAUCUUCAACGUACUUACACUUGAAAAUAUCAGGCUGUAUGUGAAUGCACCGGCUGCAGACAUACGCACCCUGAUUGUCAGGAUGGAGUCUGAGUUGCUGCCCAGGGCUCCAUCACCAGGGUCUGAGUUCCCGCCCCCCUCUUGGGCCCCUCAGGGUCAGGCUCUUCCUGCUGAUCAAAUCGGAACUUCGCAGCUCCCUGGUUCAUCAAGCGUCUCAGAUGAUGGAAUGCGUGAUUUCCUGGACCCCUCUUGGAACUCCCAGGGUCAGUCAAGCAGCACUUCUGUGGCGGUCCAGUCUGCCCACACUGGUCAAACUGAAACUUCACAGCUCCCUGGCUUCUCAAGUGUCCCAGACGAUGGAGUGCGUGAUUCUCUGCACCCCUCUUGUUACUCUCAGGCUCAGUCAAGCGGCACUUCUGUGGGGACCCAGUCUGCCCAGGCUGGUCAGCAUUCACAAUUGUCAAGUGUCCCAGGGUGCUCAAAUGUCACUGGAUGUCCUCCCAGUAGCUCAAGGCAGUGGCCUGACACCUGCCGCGUCUACAUCUCUACACGUGGACUUUGCCCGAUGGGUUUAAGUUGUGGUUUCUCUCAUGGAUUUGGGUCAUCAGGAAAAUUUGAGAUGGAAAUCAGGGGAAUUCUGCUGCAGAUGGGAAGACCAGUUUUCAUAGGGGAGGUGCCAAGGUUGUACUUCCUUCUGUACCAAAAGGAUCUGCCAGUGGGAUCUGUUUUGGAUCCUUGGGCCCUACCAAUGUUGCUUCGGGCUCUGCAUACAGUUUGUUGGAUUCCUGACAGGCCUCGAAAUUUUCUAGUCCUGGUGGAACAUUCGCAGGCAUACCUGAAUUACCCUAAUCAUCUACGUAACUCGGGAGUGUUGGGCCCUAACUUGAUUUAUAUCAGAUUCUCUGCUGAAAGCAGAUCCAUUUGCACAGGAUUAAAUGUUUCUGAAUAUUUCAGCAAUUACGGGCCUGUCAUGUCUGUGAGCAUUCCUCGUGAACGCUCAUUUGGUUUUGUGAGAUUCCAGUAUCCCGAGACAGUAACGCUACUAUUAUCAGACUGGAACCCUCAGAUCCCUCACUUCAUCUUGGGAGAACCAGUUCGUGUCUACCGUUAUAUCCCCAAGCCAGAAGCCAAACUAAAGAACUCUGCAGGGAACCAUGGGCUAGAAAAUGGGCGUGCACCAGAAAUGGCUCUACCACUAGCUCAUAACCAACCUUCUCACUCUCAGAUGGAAAUCGGUCCUCUAGAAGGUGGAGAUGCGACAGGAUCAUCUUACGGAGAUUCAGCAGAUCACAGCCAACCUUCUCACUCUCAAGUGGAAAUAAAUCCUCCAGAAGCUGGACAAGUGCCGAAUGGCUUGGAGAUAAAUCCUGUAGAAGGUGGACAAGUGGCAGGUGGCUUGGGCGAAGAGGCAGCAGAUGAACAGAUUGCUGAUGAGAUCGUCCCAGCUCUUCCAGGUUUUCCAGAUGUCGGUUGUUUCUACAAGCAGACCUGACCAGCCAGCAGAGCAAGUGCAGUCAUUAGAAAUGCAUUCUCCUUCAGAUGCUGUUGAUUAGAUAGAUAUACUCUACACGACAUAUUGUAGAUUAGACGUGGUAUACUUCAGGCGCAGGAAAGCUUCAGUACGUUACGCUGAAGCCAUAUUAUAGUGGAUCGCAAGCACUUUUGUGGUUUCCUGUAGAUCAUAUAAACCAACUCCAGAUACAGUAACGUCAACAUUGGCAAUUUUGUACAUCCGAAGGAAGCAUUUUCCUUGACUGUCUGAUUUUGGGGCCAUUCCCCUGCUGAUACAUCUAAGCAUCCUUGUAAUUCUACUCUACAGAAGAGUAUUUUUGGUAGUUAACAGCAAAGCAGAAAAGAUUUGGUGCAUGCAUAUGACACCGAGAGUAUAGUCGUAUAGGCAUACAGAUCAUACAUGCAUGUUUCAUUUGGGGAAUAUAAGGAAGUAUCCGAGCUUUGGUUAA